AUGUCAGACUUAUCUGAGGAUGAAAAGACCCCUAUCUUGAUACCUGGCCAGAGUCACGUAGCACGACUUCUUGUUUGCUAUUGUCAUGAGAGAAUUCAACAUCAAGGCCGCUAUCUUACUGAAGGUGCUGUCCGAGGUGAAGGUCUUUGGGUCACUGGGGAAAAGCGUUUGGUGUCGUCAGUCAUUCACCAUUGUGUCAUUUGUCGUAAGUUACGAGGGAAGCCAAUGAAUCAAAAAAUGUCAGACUUACCAAGAGACCGCCUCACAAAGUCGCCGCCAUUCACCUUUGUUGGGGUAGACGUAUUUGGUCCAUGGAACGUGGUCACCCGACGUACUAGAGGUGGGAGUGCAAAUUCAAAACGCUGGGCUGUUUUAUUUACUUGCCUCUACAGUCGAGCUGUGCACAUCGAGAUCAUCGAGGAGAUGACGUCGUCCUCAUUCAUAAAUGCAAUGAGAAAGUUCAUUGCAAUUCGUGGUGCAGUCACUGAAUUCAGAUCAGAUAGAGGGACGAAUUUUGUGGGAGCGACAGGCGAGCUUCACAUCAACAUCGUGAAUGUGGAAGACGACCAUGUGAAGUCAUUCCUACAGGACAAACAAAUCGUCUGGAAGUUUAAUCCGCCCCACGCAUCGCAUUUUGGGGGCAUGUGGGAGAGGAUGAUAGGAAUCGCUCCUCGCAUCCUUGAUGCAAUGCUGUUGAAUACGAAACAUGGGAAGUUAACUCAUGAAGUUCUGACAACCUUAAUGGCAGAGGUCAUGGCCAUAAUGAAUUCCAGGCCAUUAGUACCAGUGUCAUCUGAUGUCGAUGCACCAUUUAUCCUUUCACCACAAACACUUCUGACACAGAAAACACGAGAUUUACCAAGUGAUUUUCAAGACUUAGAUGUACGCGACGUGUAUCAAUGGAAGAUGGUUCAGACCAUGGCAAAUACAUUCUGGAAACGAUGGAAAGGUGAAUUCCUAUCUACCCUGCAGCCUCGUCAGAAGUGGCUAACCUCUACAGACAACAUUAAAGUGGGAGAUGUAGUUCUGCUACAUGACAAGGAGACAGCGCGUACUGACUGA